AUGUUAGGUCAUGAAUACAUAAGUUUUAUCACUGCUGGCUCGAUAACGAUCAGCAUCUUCCAGUGUUACUUCAAUGAAAGACGCAGCCAAUUGUGUGAAUCAAAAUCGCAGUUGCAUCAGGCACUGAACGGAACUGUCGGGCCAUGCAGUACUGGAAGAGCUGGACACCAAGUUCAAGAAUCGAACAUCCGAUCUUGGGAAAAGCGGCACACGCCAUAUCGCACCCUUGACAACUCAGAGACCUUCUGUCCGGAUUUGCUGCCUGAGGGUGUAUGUGUCCUGAGCAAUUUUGUCCGGGCUGGGGUUCUGGCUAGUUUCACGUUUGGUCACUUUCUGUCCGGACUGGCUCCCGGCCGAUUUGCGAAAAUCCAAUUUUUUUGUCCGGAUCGGGACCAGACCGUUUCUGCUAUUGACCGGGGUCCUCUUCCUUUGACACCGCCGAUUACUCAUCUAUGGGGUCGGUUGGGUUCUCCUUGGUCAGCCGGCUUCUGCGUAGGGUCUCAUGAAGGCCUUAGUCCGUACGCUACUAUGCCCCAGGCGCAUUGGGGGCCGUUCCAAGACGCGAUGGGCUGGUUCAUUCUCCCUCGCUGUAGAACCUUCAUUCAGAAGCUUCGACGCCUCCAGACCUUGCUCGACGAGUCAUUCUCGCGCUCCAAUGGCUCAUGGAAACCACCGCAAGCUAAUACACGGCUUCCUCUCGACAUCCUGUCCCAAUGA